AUGUCUAAACUACUUUCAGCGCCAAGAAUCUCAUAUAAAUUAUGUAGAAGCUUUGCUCGAACCUCAACUUCACAUGCGGACAAGGAAAAUGUAACGUAAGUGUCACCUAAAGUUUUUUUUAUUGUUUUAGACAAAUAGACCUAUUGAAGCGUCGACUUGAAGAAGAACAAGAAAAGAGAAAGCACAGGAAAGAUUAUUUCCACGAGGAGGAGAUUGCUGGAGAGCUCAGAAAGUGGAAUUACAGGUCGGAGUUUGUGGAUCGUCACAAGAUGGACCAAGAUCACACCAGAAUCUGGGCAUCGUUCGGGCUUAUCAUACUGGUUGGCUUUGGAGCCUUUGUCAUGGUCAAAUCUAGCGUCGUUCAAAGCAGGAAGGAGCAGAUGGCGGAACGACAACGGAUUAGAAAAGAAAUGGUUGGAGGUCCCCUUCCGAUUGUUGAAGAUUAG